CACAUCGACAACUGCCCGGCCGGCGUUUUCAGACCCCUCACACCCCCAGCCCAAAAGGUGGAGGGACAAGCUCCGUGCCGCGGAGCAGACAUACAUAUACAUAGUACCCGAUCCCCGGCAAUAACCAACAGACAACACACAACAGACAACAGUUGAAGAUGGCCCGACUCAACUCCGCCAGUCCGACCAAACCAGCUGUCCUGCGCGAGCGACUACCAGCAACCACCACCAGCAGUAGCAACAUCGGUCGCAGUGCCACCGUGAAACGCGGGCUCAGAGACAGCACCCCCAUGUCGCAGGGCAAGACAGACAAGGAACAAUGGAAGUUGACCGAUGAGACGUCGUGGUCAAAGAGCAGAUCUCCCACAACCACCACCACCACAACGGCGGCAGCGGCGGAACGGCCCCCACAAAGGAUCAAUCGGCUACAAAGGACGGGAACGGUGUCUAGUGGCACGUUCAACAUAUUCUCAGAAAGCGACGGGCAAAGCGACACGGAGGAGAGCAGUCGGUCUUCCCUGUCUAGUACAGCGGACCGGUUGAAGCUCACCCAGGUCAACUCUUUGCUGCUUCCGCUGCCCUCGCCGCCGCGAGCCCGGCCGGUCCGUAAAUCGGUGGGGUAUAACUACGACAAGGAGAAUGACCCGAUCGAUGGCGAGGAGCAGGAGGACGAGGGCCCGUCUCUGUCCAGGAACUCGUCCACUGCUUCCAAUCAAUCUCCGACACGGAGGGUUCCUCCUCCCCACACUGGAGCGAGGGGAGGGCCUCGGACUCCAAACCUGGGCUAUCUCCAGCAGCAGCAGCAGCCAAGCUCAGAAGAUGAACAAAGCGAAGAUGAAAACGAUGAUGACGACACCAACUCCUUGGAUGAUUUCAUCGUCAGCGACAACGACGAAAUCAGUUACCAUGAGUCAUCCGCCGACGAGACAUCCGAGGAAGAAGAUGUAGGAGAAGAGAAACAGCCCACGCCCUCUCCGCCCAGGACAAGAAAGCGACUGAUCAGGGGAAGACGGCUCUUUACUGAAGCAGGGCCGAGCACCUCUCCGCAGGGCUCUCCCCCCAAUGAAGGUCUCCGCCUGGACCCAGCCCUUCCGGGUGCGUUGACAGGCGCGGUCCCCAGACUAGAAGCAAAGCCCCGAAGGCUGUUCCAAAGGGAGCUGGACCUCUCCGACAGACUGGGUAACCUGAAGCUCAAUCAAAAUAGCGCAGAGUCUGAAACAGACGAAGUCCCUAGAGGACAACAAAGCCAAAAUGCCGGACCAGUCAAGGAAACAGGCCCUAUCAUGGCGACCCCCCCAGGCAGCCCAUCUAGAAAAAACCUCCUCAGAUCACCGAAGAAGACAAGGGUCCGUAUACCACCGACACCACACCAAGAAAACACCGACCUGUUCUGGGACCAAGAGACCACCAACGCCUGGGUCGACAAGCACUCCCCGCGGAAGCCAAAGAACAUGAACCCAUUACAGGAACUCGUAGACUCGGACACCGAGCCCAUGGACCAGACCAACAACAGAAUGUCCAGCCGUCGAGCAUUCAGCCCGAUCGCCAUCCCCGAAACGACGCCUCCGAGCAAGCCGAUCCCGACAAAAACCCCCAGCAAGACAGCAAUCAAGAAGCUGGAAGCGGCGCAACGCAAAGCCGAAAAGGCGCGCCAACAAGAAUGGAACGAGAACAAAGACCGACUGGCGCGGGAAUUCUUCAACGUCCUCGACGACGCCAUGACAGGGGGGGAGAUCUCGAGGCUCUCCGCCCCGACCGGCGGCGUGCACAUCAUCUGGCACAAGCCGCUGCAAACGACCGCCGGCCGCGCGGUCUGGAAAGGCGUGGUGGGCGAAGUGCCCAACAUCGCGCACAAGGUGAUCCGGCACCACGCGACGAUCCAGCUCGCGCCGCGGGUCAUCGACAGCGAAGACCGACUGAUCAAGACCAUGGCGCACGAGUACUGCCAUCUCGCCAACUUCAUGAUCUCGCAGGAGCACAAGAAGUUUCACGGGGAGAGCUUCCAGCGGUGGGCGCGCAAGUGCGAGGCCGUCAUGAAACCCCAUCCCCGUUAUGGCAAUAAUCAGGUCACGAUCACGAAUUGCCACAACUAUGAUAUCAACUACAAGUACGAGUGGAAGUGCGAUCCCUGCAACAAGGUCAUUAAACGGCAUUCGAGGAGUAUCACGAAAUCUCACGUCUGCGGGAACUGCCACGGCCCGUUCAGACAGGUUAAGCCCAAGCCGAGGAAAUCGCCGCAGAAGAAGAAGAUAUCGCCCCUCGAGACGAAGAAGUCACUUCCCUUGAAUGCUAAGGGGUUGUUGGAGAAUGUCGUCGAGGCGAUGGCCGCGGACAGAGACAGAGACAAAGCCCGCGAGUCCACGAAGUGUGGGUUGGAUGAUGGUGGGCUUGGCCUUGCUGUUGUUGUGACGCUCAGUGACACCGAGGAUGAAGGUGUAGUUCAUGUCUAGUUGAUGUUGGUUGACAUGUUGGGAAUGAUAUGAUAAUAGAUAAAUUGUUGGUUAGUUGGAUGUUUUGCUGUUUGUUAGCGAGCAUGUUUGUUUCUGCCGCUGCUCUUUUCUUGUCUGUUCUCUAUUGGGCGGUUGGUUGGUUGGAUGGUUGUACAUACAAAUUGCACAUACAUGUUGGAUGGAGGUGAUGUGGGUGUAGAUGGCUGGCGUUCAUCAGGACAAGUAGGAGUAAAUUUGGCAAUUUCGGGGUUAUUCUUCUUGAGUAAGUGGUUAGUAUUGUAACUACCUAGAAC